AUGGUCCUCACUGAACAGCCACAGAAGCUUGCCAAAGAGUUCUCUCAACGUCUGGCGAUGGAUGCAGUUUUAGCCGGCCGUAUUCAGCUAAAAUUCUGUGGUCCCCAAGCCUUGGCUCUUGCCAACCUGCCAACCCCUUGGGAAUCAGUUGUGUACAUCGCUAAAUGUGAACGAAGGUUAAUAGCCAAGAAACAGAAAAAGUUCUAUGGGCUCCCUGUCUCUCAGCAGAUCGAAUACAAGUUCUUCACCUACAAAUCCCUUUGCUCCUUUGCUAAGAGAAGAUCAGCUCCAUCACAGACUACGUUUUACUUCCUCCUUUUGCUCAAUUUUGCUUUGACAUUGUUUCCACCCAGCUCGCUUCCCAGAAGCCUUCCAUGUGAUGCCCUGAACAAUUCUAUCAUUCAGCUAGACUGCAGUAACCGUCAACUUAAACAGGUGCCAAAAAACAUUCCUUCCAAAACUAUCAGUCUAAAUCUAGCUGGCAAUCGGAUCACAAGCAUUUCCAAUGGCUCUUUCUCCAGUUUACAAAGCAUCAUUGUAAUAAACCUAAGCAGCAACUGUUUAUCCAACAAGGCUAAAGAACGGCAAGCGAGGUGUGAUAGCGGUAUGAAAAUUGCAGUAGGUGCAUUCUUUUCUCUGACCAAGCUGCAAGAAUUGUACCUGAAUGAAAACACACUCUGCACAGUACCAAAGAAACUGCCUACUGGCUUAAAGGUUCUGGGUCUAAAUGGUAACCAUAUUUUGUCUAUAACGAAAGAAAAUCUUCACAGUCUGACAAAUCUGGAAAAAUUGUUUAUGAAUCAAAACUGUUAUUAUCUCAAUCCCUGCUGGUCUUCUAUAUCUUUAGAGAGAGGAACUUUUUCAAGUGUCAAUAAACUGGAGGUUCUCAAACUUGGCGAAAACAACUUAACGUCUAUUCCUCAGAAUCUGCCAAGAUCACUGAAGUCACUAUACCUCCAUGGGAACAGGAUUCAAACCAUACACCGAGGUGAGUUUGGUGAGCUGGUACACUUGGAAACCCUUGACUUAAAUGGAAACUGCCCGAGAUGUUACAAUGCUGAAUACCCUUGCAAACCUUGUCCCGGAGAUGGCUCCAUACAAAUAAAUUCCUAUGCUUUUGAACAGCUUCGAAAGAUAAGUAAACUCAACCUUUCUAACAACUCCAUUAACCGAAUACACAGUAGCUGGUUUCAAAACAUGACCAAUUUGAAAGUUCUGCAUCUUGUUCGAAAUUUCUUGUUGCUUGAUAUUGCUUCUGGGGACUUUUUAAAUUAUUUACCUAGACUAGAGGUGCUAGAUUUAUCGUACAAUUAUCAACUGAAAGCUUAUGAGAAAUAUCUCAAUCUUUCAAGAAAUUUUUCCAAACUAGUUUCUCUCAAAAAAUUGUACAUCAAAGGAUAUGUUUUUAAAGAUCUUACCCGAGAGGAUCUCAAACCUCUGUUCAGCCUACAAAAUCUCACUCAACUGAACCUUGGCACAAACUUCAUUAAACAGGUAAAUCUAACGAUUUUUGAAGCUAUCAAAUCAUUACAAGUAAUAGGCCUGUCAGAGAAUAGGAUAUCACCUCCCUCCACUGACGAUGACCUUUCUUUUGGUUCUGCCUGCCGAGAUAAUCAUUUUGCCUUGACGAAUUCAGAAUUAAGAGAUACACGUUUGCUACUUGAACACAGCAGCAAUGACUACCGGUCUUCGGAAGAUCAGGACCAUGUCGGAGAGAUACAGAAGUGGACGUGCGCUUCCUAUGGUAAAAUCCUGGACUUGAGUCGAAACAGUAUUUUCUUCAUCAAACCAGAGCAGUUUGUGGGCUUGGAAGACAUUGCGUGCCUGAAUUUGUCCGCAAACGUGAUGGGUCAGGCUUUGAAUGGCACCGAGUUCACCCCCUUACGCAAUCUAAAAUAUUUAGAUAUGUCUUAUAACCGCAUUGACCUAGCUUAUCAUAACGCCUUUAGAGAACUGGAGAAGCUCGAGGUGCUGGAUUUAAGUAACAACAAACACUAUUUUCUCGUUGAAGCCGUUACACACAAAAUGGGCUUUCUUGAAAACCUUAAAUAUUUAAAAGUCCUCAAGUUAAGUUGGAAUCGCAUUUUCACCUUGACGGGGCUAAUCCUGAAAAGUAACUCCUUGCAGCACUUGGAAUUUCAAGGGAAUCGGUUGGACAUUUUGUGGAAAGAUGAAGACAAAAGAUAUAUUCACUUGUUUCAAAAUUUAACUAAUUUAACAUUGCUCAACUUAUCAGAAAAUAAACUUAAAAGUAUCCCAUCCGAAGCAUAUGAAAAUCUACCAAAGAAUUUAUCUUUUUUGUCUUUUUCGUACAACAGUUUAGAGACAUUUGAAUGGCAAAAACUACAAAUGUUUAAGAAUCUCCGCAUUCUCGACCUCAGUUAUAAUAAACUAACCACAGCUCCUCGCAAGCUAAAUAAUUGUACCAAAUCCCUGGAACGUCUGCUACUAAGCCAUAAUAGCAUCUCACAACUUCCUGAAAAGUUUCUUCCAUUUGGGAUGUCCUUGAAAUAUCUUGAUUUAAGCUAUAACAAAAUUAAAAUGUUAAACCAAUCAAUUUUCCCAGUGGAUGGAUCCAUUUCCCUGAAGGUGCUAGAUUUAAUAGGGAAUCCAUUUCAUUGCAGUUGCGAUAUUGUACCAUUCAUUGUAUGGAUUAAUUCCUGUAAGGUGAUUAUCCCUCGAUUGGCUACUGAUGUUACAUGUGAUUCACCCGAAGAUCAGAAAGGACAGAGCAUUAUUUUUGUUGAUCAGCACGCGUGCGCAAACAAUGACAUUGCGACUUUAUUAAAUAUUGUUACUACUUUCAUCAUUAUUUGUACAAUGGUCAUAGCAACUACCCACCAUCUCUUUUACUGGGACGUGUGGUAUUUGUACUAUUUCUGCACUGCAAAGCUGAAGGGAUAUCGAGCACUUUCCACAGAUGACUACUUCUAUGAUGCGUUCAUAGCUUAUGACCCUUCGGAUCUGGCUGUGACAGACUGGGUGGUAAAUGAACUUCGUGUUCAUCUAGAAGAGAAAGGAGAAAGAAGCUUCUCCCUCUGUUUGCAGGAGAGAGACUGGGAGCUAGGCCUGCCUAUUGUUGACAAUCUUUCUCAGAGUAUACAUAAGAGCAAAAAGACUGUGUUUGUGCUCACAGACAACUACGCCAAGAGUGGAAAUUUCAAAACAGCCUUUUACAUGGCUCACCAGAGACUCAUGGAUCAAAAUCAAGAUGUGGUUGUUUUAGUACUGCUGGAGUCCGUUUUAACAAACUCCAAAUAUCUGAGACUGAGGAAGAGAUUAUGUAAGAAUUCUGUGCUAUAUUGGCCUCAAAAUCCAAAAGCUGAGGAUUUCUUCUGGCAGUGUUUGAGAAAUGCGCUUGCAACUGAUAAUUAUGGAAGAUACAACACGAUUAUGGAAUCCACUUAGCUAACAUCAAAACCUCUUUGACUUUUAAGAUUGUAUAUGUUCGGUAACUACGGACCACCCAAGCAAGACAGAUUUUGACGUCCACCUAAAAGUGUAAGAGGACUUUGAAUAUAGUGGAAGAUGCUAUAUAAAUGUAAAUAUGUACAUUUGUAUUGUGUUGUACAUGUCAAGCUGCACAGAAUAUUGACCCCUGGAAGUGGAUCACUCACCUUGUUGAAGGAUCUACAUGGGUGCAAGUUCUGACCAAUCUUUUUCUCUCCCCAGUUAUCAGCAACUGCAUCUCAGAUCAUCGGUGAAUAGUAUUGUUAAUGUUAAAGAUGUAAAAACCUCACAAGAGGUUGCAUGAGAGAUUUGGUUGACGAAGGUCCUUCAGCCCAUUUGGUCCCAUCCUGACAAAAUACCCAUCCCGUCUUUCCUAUCGUCUUCCAAUUACGGAAUCUAGCUGUUUCUCAAAUGAGUCCCAACAUCCUGGUCUUAUCUACUCUUCCUCUAACCAAUUCUAGUUGUUAAUAUCUUCCCUGUCGUCAAUCCUGAAAUUGUUCCUUGCAAGCCCAAACCUGUAACCACUUUUUCUGCUGCCUUGCUGUAGGUAAAAAGGAUUCUUCUGGCUGUACUUUCUCAAUCCAAUUUGUACAAAGAUUUAUUCUCUGAACUAAAGAUCUUUUGGAAAAUGAACAUUUAAAGUCCAUGAUUGCAAUCCAAGUUGUGUAUUUAAACUAUUGCA